CUUUUAAUUUUAUUUUUAAUUAUCAUUAAUAAUAUUUUUUUCAUUUAUUUACAUAUAAAAAAAAAUAUCAAACACAUGGUCAAAUUGCUAGUUAAAGACCCAAGCAAAGCAAAUACCUAAAAAAUAUCCGACCACAGGAUCAAAUUGCUAGUUAAAUACGCAAAGCAAAUACCUUGAUUUUUCUCUACUCUUUCAAGGCCAAGACACCUCCCUCCCUCUUUUAAUUAAGACUCCAAGAGACUUUGUUUUUCCUUCUCCUCCUCUCUUUCAUUCCUCCCCCUCCCUUCACUUCCCAUUCUGGAUACAUCUAUCGCCAUGACAGACAGGGUCUACCCUUCUACUAAACCAGCCACAAAUGGCACAGCAGCUACCAACCCCUCCUUUCCAGCCACAAAUGGCACAGCAGCCACCAACCCCUCCUUUCCAGCCACCAAAGCCCAACUCUAUGGUGCCACCCGCCCCACCUACCGCCCCCAACCCAACCGCAAACGCAGCCGCAGUUGCUGCUGUGCCUGUGUUUUAUGGACUACAGCGGUCAUCUUCAUUCUCAUAGUCCUUGCUGUCAUAGCUGGAGCCAUCAUCUACGUCCUCUACCGACCCCACCGCCCCUCCUUCGACGUCUCCGGCCUCAGUAUCUCCUCUCUCAACCUUACCUCAGCUUCCCAUCUCACCACCAACAUCAACCUCAACAUCACCGCUAGAAACCCUAAUAAAAAACUUGUCUACACAUAUAACCCCAUCACCAUAUCUGUGACUACAGAAAGAGAUGAUAUCGUUGUAGGCAGUGGUUCGCUACCCUCAUUUGUGCAUGGUACCAAGAACACAACCUUUUUGAGAGCCGCCAUCACAAGCAGUGGCGUGCAACUGGAUGAUGUAUCUGCUGGUAAGUUAAAGGCUGAUUUGAAGAGCAAGAAUGGUGUGGCUUUGAAGUUAGAGCUGGAGACUAAAGUGAAGGUCAAGAUGGGAGGGUUAAAGACUCCAAAGGCUAGGAUUAGGGUCACUUGUCAAGGGAUUAAAGCCACUGUUCCAUCUGGGAAAAAAGCAACAACAGCAUCUGUGUCAAAUGCAAAGUGCAAGGUUGAUUUGAGGAUCAAGAUCUGGAAGUGGACUUUCUAACAAGGAAAGUAUUUCAGAGAAGAUAUUGCUCUGCGGUUCAUCAACGUUUUCUGGGUUUUGUUUUUAAUUUUUGGCUUUCUUCUUUUCUUUUUAAUUUGACAUUUACAGAUAUUUUCUUUUCUUCAACUGUUGGUGAGAAUAAUUAAUCAUAUAUGUUUGUAAAUGGAAGGGAUAAAGUUUGGUGAUUGCCUGUAUUAGGAGAAAGAAAUUUUAUUUAAUUUGUUAUUAUACAGAUUUGAAAGAUUUUAAUUUGUUUGA